AUGCUUAGGAUCGAGCGACUGGGUGGUGAUACUGCCAUAGAAACAUGUGUCAAGCUAGCCUACGCCCAAGCGGUGAAGGACAGUCGCACGAAGGCGUACUUUGAUAAGACUAAGAGAAAGAUGGAUUCUACAAAGAAGAAAAUGCAUCAGUACCUCGCGGGAGCCUUCGGUGGCGUAUCAACGUAUGAUAACGAUGGCUUGAAAGCAGUACAUUAUCAGCUGAAUAUUACCGACUUCCAUUUUGACGCGUUUGCCGAGAUGUUCCAUCAGACGUUCAUCUCGACUGGAGCUCAUGCUAAUGCUGUUAGAGAUGCCAUGAAGGUGCUAGCGGCCACUCGGAAGGAUAUCACCACGGGCUGCACUGUGAGAAUGGAGCUUGCUAGGAGGAGUAACGAGAAGGGCCUUGAUGCCCUAUUCAAACGACUUGGUGAGGCUGAGGGCAUCCAGGACUUCGUCGACCGCGUGUAUGAUCUCUUGAUCGGGGAUAAGAGGAUGGCACCCUACUUUGAAGGGAAGGACAUAGAAAGCAUCAAGAAGGCCCAGCUAGUAUACAUCACGGCCCUUUUGGGCGGCCCCACGGCAUGGCAGGGGAGGGAACUGUCUGAGAUUCACAAGGGCUUGGGAAUUGAUGACUACGGCUUUGAUUGCUUCACCAUGAACUGCGAGAAAGCUCUCAAUGCCAUGGGAGUUGAAGAGAACAUGAUCGACGAGAUCAUAGUGACUAUGGAGCCUUUGCGGGACGAAGUACUCAACAGAAAACGGGGAAUGAGGGCGGAAACUAAGAUGGUUGAUGGCCAAUCGAUUCUCGAAAGGAUAGGCGGCGAGAUGAAUCUGGAAGCUGUCGUGGAGACCAUGUUCUCUGGCUGUGUCGUCGAUCCACGAGUUAAAUAUUUCUUCACUAAGGAUCCUACUAAGCUGAGUGGCAUACAAGCUAAAUUCGUAGCCUCUCGAGCGAGUCGGACCAUCACCAUACUGUUUCCGAUCAAUCAGGUCCAACUGCUCACGGGUCUCUUCGGAGGUCCCAAGACGUACGAUUACGCCCGACUGAGGCCGGCGCAUUAUAACCUCAAUAUCACUGACUACCAGUUCGAUGCCGUCGUGGAGAACCUUGAAGCGGUCUGUGGUAUGUUGGAUUUGCCUCAUGCUGUCACAGCCGACAUCAGAGAAGUCAUAUCUACGUUGCGCUCAUACAUUACCUGUGGCUGCACUGUACGGUAUGAAAUUGCUAGGAUGAAGACAGAGGCUUCGGGCACUGAGGGACUAUUCAAUCAACUGGGUCGAGAUGAGGGCAUCACGCACUUCAUGGACGAGCUAUAUGACUUGGUCACGCGAGACGACAGGAUUAAGCACUUCUUUCAAGGAGCCAAGUUGGACGCGGUGAAAGCGAGCCAGAGCAUUUUCUUCAAGGAGCUUUUUGGCUCUACGACACACUAUACUGGUCGUGACUUGCCAUCGAUACAUUCACUCAUUCAAAUAUCUGAUUUCCAUUUCGAUUCCUUCCUGGACUGUGCCAAGACCGCCCUGUUGAAGCUGAUGAUGGACGCGGAUACAAUUGACGACUGCAUUGUUCUGAUGGAAUCUGCUCGGAAGAAUGUUGUUAAUCGAGAGCUCAUGCAACACGACGUCAGGAAGGCUAUGGAACUCGCCAAUAAGAAGCCUUUAUAUGACCGCCUCGGUGGCGAGUACAGCAUUUCUAAACUGAUGGACACUGCCUACGACAAGGCUCUGGUCGAUGAUAGACUCCGCUUCUACUUUGAGAAGAACAAGGCAAAGGUUGCCAGUAUCAAGAAGAAGAUGACCCAGUUCGUGUCCACCCUCACAGGAGGGCCCGCUGGUUAUGAUAUCGCCGAUCUGAAACCUGCUCACUAUGCGAUGAACAUCUCCAACUUCCACUUCGACACAAUGCUCGGCCUUUUGGCCAUUACCUUACUGGAGGAUCUCCAAGUUGAGAAGGCCCUCGCACGAGAGUUCAUGGGGGUGCUGCAGCCUGUAAGAGCUCACAUCACGACUGGAUACACCGUCCGCUCGGAAAUGGCUAGGAAGAAUGUCGAAAAAGGUCUUGACCACCUUUUCGAGCGUAUGGGAGGAAAGGAAGGCAUCCUCAAGUUACUGGACAGUUUGUAUCAAUUGGUGGCGAGUGAUGCCCGUAUUAAGGACUUCUUUGGUGACGGUACCUUGGAGAAAAUUCGGGAAGGUCAGACACUCGUCCUUAUUGAGCUGUUCGGAGGUCCCAAGGUCUACAACGGUCGAGACCUGAAAGAGAUCCACAAGGAUCUCAACGUCACAGACUACCAUUUCGACUGCUUCUGUAGCGACUUUCAGAAGGCAAUGAUGGGUUUGGGCAUGGACGAGAACCUUAUCGACGAAGUCCUGAUCACCAUGGAGCCUCUUCGCCAGACUGUCCUCGGACGAGACGGCAAUGAGGCGGCCCUCGCUGCUCAAAUGAAGGUCAAGGACGGCAAGCCGAUCAUUGACCGAAUCGGUGGGGAUAUGAACUUGGAAGCUCUGACUGAAUCCAUGUUCGACAAGGCCAUGACCGAUGACAGAAUACGCUACUUCCUUGAAAAAGGGAAAGCUAAGAUACGAGCAUUGAAGCAAAAAAUGUACCAAUAUCUGGCGGGAGCGUUCGGAGGGCCGAAACAUUAUGACCCGGCGGGAAUCAAACCAGCUCAUUACAACAUGAACAUCACGGAUUAUCACGUCGAUGCGAUGCUGGACUGUUUCUCGGAAAGUUGCCGAGAAAUUGACGUGAAUGCUGACACUAUCGAUGACGCUCUUAUGGUCAUGAAUAGUGUGAGGAGUGAUAUCACGACUGGUUUUGCACUUCGCCGAGAGCUAGCGCAGAAACGAGAUAAGCAAGAUGGUGAAGACCAGCUCUUCUCGAGACUUGGUGGACUCGAGGGCAUCGACGAAUUCGUCACUCGACUGUACGAGUGUGUCGAACGUGACAGGAGGAUCAACCCGUUCUUCACCGGCGCGAAACUGAAGGCUAUCAAGCAAGCUCAAACGGACUUCAUCAUAAAGACCCUAGGUGGACCCUCUGAAUACAGCGGGCGAUCAUUAGAAGAAAUUCAUGCUGUCCUGGCGAUCACUGACUACCAUCUCGACUGCUUCUUGCAACUGGUGGCCCGGGCGUUGAGAGAUUGCGGGCAAGAUCAGGAGACCGUGGACGAGGUGAGCUCUAUCGUGGUCUUCCGCUUCAUAGCGAGUAUCAUGAUGGUUGGACUUGGACAGGUGGUGGUCAAACUCGGAAACCUUCGAACAAACAUUCUCAAGGGGCAUUAUGCGAAGAUGGGUUAUACGAUAAAGUAG